AUGAACUGCAAAUUGAUGGCCGUAUUGGUGGUGAUGGCAGUGAUGGCGAGUGUUUGGGCGGAUGUGUCGGACAUGUCUGUUGAGGACAUACAGGAGCACCAGUUCUACGCCCAUCUGAACGGCAGUUACUGUUACUCGAGUCCACUGAAGUCGAGCACCGGUAGUGACAACUAUUACAGGACGUGUUGGUAUGUCUGUGUCGGACGGCUAGUUAAGUUUUACCUACGUGUAUGGAGUUUGCCACCGGGACCAAUACCAUUGCCAUUAAUUGGGAACUUGUGGAUGAUGAUUGGAAAGAACAAGGAUCUAAUUGGGGGAAUGACACAGUUAUGCGACAAAUAUCCCAAAAUGUUUACCUUCUGGAUGGCCACCAGAGCCUCGAUUGUGAUCACAGACAUCGAGUUGUCUCGAGAGGUGUUCCGCAAGAAUGAAUUCGCUGGCCGUCCCACUGAUAGCUAUACCGGUAGUCUAUUCUCAAACGAGGAUUACACUGAUAUUGUGUUCACGAAUUAUGGCCCCAAUUGGGAAGCGCUGAGACGUGUCGCACAUUCAGCCGUUCAUUUAAGUAUAGAUGAUCCGGAAUUUCUACACAUUAAAUAUGUGAUGAAAGACUACAGUAAGGAGCUAGGUGCUAGACUACUGUUUUGGGAAAUGUCACCACUUUUUAGAUCCAUUGAUCGCAAAGAAGUGGCAAAACAUAAGAAACUGUUUGAAGACUUUAAGAAUGAUCUGAUAAUUCAAUACAGAGAUCACUACAAAGACUACUCGGAAACAGUUAUCCGUGAUUUUUGUGAUGCACUCAUAAGUGCUAAGAAUGAGGCCCUCAGAGACCACAAGGAAUCGGCCCGGUAUCUGACUGAUAAUAACCUGGCAAUGGCUGUGUUUGACCUGUUCCUCGCGGGCACCGACACCUCACAGAUUACAUUGAGAUGGAUGUUAUUAUUCCUCUCGUAUUAUCCGGAAGUGCAGCGAAAGUUGAGACAAGAGAUUGAGACACAAAUCGGAGACCGAAUGCCAACACAUGAGGACAGGAAUCGAUGCCAUUAUGUCAUGGCUUUCAUCGCUGAGACUCUGAGGUUCAGGAAUGUUGCCCCACAAGGGGUCCCACACAGUGCUGUUGUUGACACAAAAAUAGACGGCUAUUCAAUACCUAAAGGGAUGAUAAUAUUUGUAUUCCAGGGAUAUAUACUAAAUGAUGAAAAGCAUUGGACAGACCCUCACAAACUAACACCUGAGAGAUUUCUGGACAGUGAGGGCCGGUUCAUGACUACCCGUCCAAAGGCGUACAUCCCGUUCGGUGUGGGACGACGUGUUUGUUUGGGCGAGAAGUUAGCCAUCGCUGACCUCUUCCUAGUUUUGGUCACAUUUCUGCAGUCGACUCAAGACUACGAUAUAAUCCUCGACAGUCAUAAUGGUCUCGACAAUGAUCCUAAAAUUCUUGACGCUUUCACUCCAAAGGACUAUAAAAUUAUCCACUUUGACAGCCUAAUUAAUUUUAAACAACAUUUUACGGAAACAUUGAGCGAUGUAUCGGCCAAUUAUGGGUCGGUCUUCACCUUCUGGUUGGGAUACAACCCAUUCAUUGUCAUCACAGACAUAGACAUCGCAAAGGAUAUCAUGAAUAGCAACGCCUUUGCCGGUCGAGCCAAAGGAUAUUUUGCCAGUCAAUUUUCAAAUGAAAAUUAUAGCGACAUAAUAUUUGCUGAUUACGGACAUACCUGGGAAGCACUGAGACGGGUGGCCCACUCGGCCGUACAUUAUAAUAUAGAUGACCCGGAAUAUAAACGCCUAAAAUAUGUGAUCAAAGAUUUUGCUCGGGAACAGGGAAUACGACUCAUGUUUUGGGAGUUUGUACCCAUUUCUCGGUAUUUUGAUCACAAAAUGAUUACAAAACAAAAGCAAAUGUUUGAGGACUUCAGGACUGAAUUCAACAAUGAAUACAAAGAUCACUACAAAGACUACUCGGACUCCGUUUGCCGUGACUUUUGUGAUGCACUCAUAACCGCUAAGAAUGAGGCCCUCAGAGAGGGUAAAGAGUCGGCCCCUUAUCUCACCGAUGAUAACCUGGCAAUGGCGGUCAUGGAUCUGUUCCUCGCGGGCACCGAUACCUCGCAGUUCACGUUUAGAUGGUUGUUAUUAUUAAUGACAUAUUAUCCGGAAGUACAGCAAAGGUUGAGACAAGAGAUUGAGACACAAAUCGGAGACCGAAUGCCAACACAUGAGGACAGGAAUCGAUGCCAUUAUGUCAUGGCUUUCAUCGCUGAGACGCUGAGGUUCAGGAAUGUGGUCCCGUUUGGGAGUGAAAAGUAUUUUACAAAUGCCCAUCAAUUUCACCCUGAGCGCUUUUUGGAUAAUGAUGGUCAGUAUAUGACUACCCGUCCAAAGGCGUACAUCCCGUUCGGUGUGGGACGACGUGUUUGUUUGGGCGAGAAGUUAGCCAUCGCUGACCUCUUCCUAGUUUUGGUCAGUUUAUCUGGUGUGGGACGACGUGUUUGUUUGGGCGAGAAGUUAGCCAUCGCUGACCUCUUCCUAGUUUUGGUCAGAUUUCUGCAGUCGACUCAAGACUACGAUAUAGUCCUCGACAGUCAUAAUGGUAUUGAUGGCGACCCUAAAGUUCCCGAAGCCUAUGCCCCUAAAGACUACAAAAUCAGCUUUAAUAAAAAAUAA